CGUGACGCACUUCCGGUCGGUAAGGGGACGUGUCGGUGCGGACCGCGGUGGGAGCAGCCGCCAUGGAGGAGCCCGCGGCGCACAACGGCAGCGCCGCCGGGGCCGCGCCCGGGGCCGGGACCCCCAGCCGCCCGCCCGCCACCCCCGAGGGCAUGGCGCUGGCCUACGGCAGCCUCGUCCUCAUGGCGCUGCUGCCCAUCUUCUUCGGGGCGCUGCGCUCCGUCAGCUGCGCCAAGAGCAAGAACUCUUCGGAGAUGCCAGAGACCAUUACCAGCCGAGACGCUGCUCGCUUUCCUAUUGUUGCCAGUUGCACCCUCCUGGGGCUCUACCUCUUCUUUAAAAUAUUCUCUCAAGAGUACAUCAAUCUUCUGCUUUCCAUGUAUUUCUUUGUGCUGGGGAUCCUGGCCCUGUCCCACACUAUCAGCCCCAUGAUGAACAGAUUCUUCCCUGCAAAUUUCCCCAACAAACAGUACCAGCUCCUCUUCACCCAGGGCUCCGGGGAGAGCAAGGAGGAAAUAGUGAAUUACGAGUUUGACACCAAGGAUCUCGUGUGCUUGGCCUUGAGCAGUGUUGUGGGGGUCUGGUACCUGCUGAGAAAGCACUGGAUUGCCAACAAUCUCUUUGGGCUGGCAUUCUCCCUCAAUGGGGUGGAGCUGCUGCACCUGAACAACGUCAGCACUGGCUGCAUCUUGCUUGGGGGCCUCUUCAUCUACGAUGUGUUCUGGGUCUUUGGCACCAACGUGAUGGUGACAGUUGCCAAAUCGUUUGAGGCCCCAAUAAAACUGGUUUUCCCUCAGGACCUGCUGGAGAAGGGGCUGGACGCCGACAACUUCGCCAUGCUGGGACUGGGAGACAUUGUCAUUCCGGGGAUCUUCAUUGCCUUGCUGCUGCGGUUUGAUAUCAGCCUGAAGAAGAACACGCACACGUAUUUCUACACCAGCUUUGUGGCCUACAUCUUUGGGCUGGGCCUCACCAUAUUCAUCAUGCACAUCUUCAAGCAUGCUCAGCCUGCGCUGCUGUACCUGGUCCCUGCCUGCAUUGGAUUCCCUCUGCUCGUGGCCUUGGCAAAGGGAGAAGUAACCGAAAUGUUCAGGUUCUGGCUGUCUGGCUCUGCUCAUGCCAGUGGGAGCUGCCUCAUGCCCGAGUUUCAGUGCUCACUAUUCCAUGCUGCAGCCCUGUCCUGGAGUCUGCAGGCAAGGAGAGGCCAGCUUGUGCGAGCAGCUAUGAAUCCUCUGCUGAAAUCUUGCCUCACACACCAAGACUUACCCACUUCCCCACGGUGUCUGGCUCGCCGGCCAGCCUGGCUGAUUCCAUGCAGCAGAAACUGUCCUGUCCCCGCCGACGCCGGCAGCAGAGCCCUAGUGCCAUGUAGCCACUGCCGCUGGGGCCCCUUGUCUGUCUCUCUGGCCAGCUAUGAGGAGAGCUCAACCCCCAAGGAGGCGCCAGGGGCUUCCAAAGAAGAGCCAACAGAAGCCUCCAAGAAGGAGAAGUGACCUUGCCCGUGGGCCAUGCCCAGAGCUGCUGGGCUGGGGCCCUUCAAGACCCUCUGCAAGUGACAGACGACGAAACAAUUGUGCAAGAGCAUCGUGUUGUGUGUGUCGGAGCAGCCACCCAGGUGGGGUAUCGAUGUAUGCCGGUUUUUAAAUUUUGUAUUGUGCAUUUGCUUUCUCUCAUAUUAAACCAUAUUGAAGGAA